AUGCCGCUUUUCAGUCGCUCAAAUGAUAUUCAUGCGCCACCCAGUUCGAUAUCCACCAACGAUGUAUCUGGCACGGGAAACAACUCUCCAUCGAAAACGACCCGAAGUCAACAAUAUGAGUUGCACAGUGCGAACACAAGCCCGAGCCCGACGACGGGUGACAAGAUUGGAUGGCAAACUCCCACCACCAUGUUGACGAGCUACAUCGCAGCUGUUCUAUGGGCAGUGGGCCAUUACAUAUACUGUCGAGAAGUCGAUCAGAAGAUUGUCAAAGACUCAGUAUCCCAAUCAUGGAACAACGCUUUGGCCAUCUUGUUCGCGCAAGGAUUUUCGAUCGCUUUGGCAGCCGCUGGGAUGCAGGCUUUCACGCAGAUCCUCUGGUGGUUACUGCGCCGCAACCCAAUGGCUGUAUCCAAGAUUGAUGCGCUAUUUCGACUAAAUAUCAGUCCGAUAUAUUUGUACCGGAUAGAUGUAUUGCGUGUUGCACCAGCUAUGUGGUUCUUUGCGCUUUUCUUUCCUCUUAUCGCUGUAAUUACAGCAUUUCCACCUGGUGCGCUUGUUAUCGAGCAACUACCAAACGUCGUCACGGGGACUGAAAAGGUUCCCACAAUUGACGUCCAGGAUUGGGGAAAUGGAACGGGCGUUCACCCACAAUAUUCGAGCAUCGGUAAACAGACCUUACUCCGAGGCGAAUACCUCACUCGGCCCUCACCGUGUGGACCAAACUGCACUUAUGAGGUGGAGUUUCUGGCUCCGGCUCUGACAUGCAAGAACUCUUGGCCUUAUGGACGCGCAGCAGUCCAUGAUUACCAGGACAACCUUGAUGUAAUAUAUAAUAUGGCAAACAUCACUGACGCAAUACUGAGUGCUGCUCGAUACUUUGGUGCUUACUCCCUUCCGGAUUCAGAUUAUCCAUUGCCAGAAGAAGACCUUUUGAUGUGGGAAGACGACAAGGAAAUCAUGGACUUUCUUAACGUCACCGAAAAGUCCUGGAACGAGACAGAAUGGGUCGAAACUGGAUGGAGCGGAAUGGACUGGAACGAGCAUGGCUUAGACUAUGACUAUCGUGUCGUCAAUCCGAAAGGAGGCUCAUACUUCGCUUUCGAUAUGCUCUUCAGGAAGGGGAGUAGCAUAAGCGAAGUGAAUGGCGUAAAACAGUAUAGCAUUGGCUGUGUGGUGACCAACGCGACAUAUACGGCUCAGGUUGAAUAUAUCAACAACAUUCAGAACGUCACCGUUGAUGUGAACGAACCAAAACCAUUGGGAUAUCCCCUCUACACCCCCAAAUCGAUUUGGAACGACGUUUUGACCGAUCUUCAUGACGGCGAAGGUGGUUAUAAGAAAACAAUCCAAAUUCCGACAACGAACGGUUUCUCUCGGCAAGACGUCACCAAAAUGUACGGCAGAUACCAACUAUAUGCAAUGGCAGACGCCCUUUUAUCAAGUCUUGCUGGAAACGUCUCAUUGCUUUCUCAAGGUAUAGAAAGCACAACCGCGCUCACCGAAACGAGAUUCGCCAAAAAUAUGGAAAGCGACGAAGACCUAGACCAAGUACUUGCCGGCUACACCAUUGACUUCGAUCUUACCACAACCAUCAUGGAAGACCUCAUGCGAAACGUCACCAUCUCUCUCCUCAACAAUGGCAAGCAGCUCGUCGACACCCAAGUGACGCGAACCGAAUUCGUAUCAAAAUAUGUCUUCAAGGAACCCGUGCGGCUCAUCGCAUCAUACUGUGCAGGUCUCGGCGCCUAUCUCAUCCUCGUAUGUCUAGGUUUCUGGGCUAUGAUACACAACGGGACCUCAGCCUCCACGGGGAGUUUCUUGGAGAUCCUAGGCACGACUACAGCGAGCAACUCAGCAUUGAACAGGAUGACCAAGGAAGUCCGUUUGGGUGAGCGGUCUCCCAAGGAGUUAUUGAAGCUGAAAGUUAGGUUUGGACAGGCGUGGGAUGAUGGGAGUGGGAAACCGUUCGCAGCUUUUGGCACAAAGGAAGAGACUUCGCCGCUUCGGAAGAGGCCCAGUAAUGGGUUGAUGCAGGACUUACGAUAA